UAUUAUUAAACAGUACAGUUUUAUCUGUGAUGCAGUGUGAUUGUACUCUAUCAGUGUCAGUCCGUUAUCGCAUGAUUUCUUUGUUCACUUUCGUCCGUACUCGUAUAAUGUCCCUCAAAUCGGAUAUGCCACUGAAAAAAACAACUCCGGCAUCACAGAUGGAUAUCGACAACGUACUCGAUCACGUGGGCAUCGGCCGAUACCAGUUAAUGAACUCUUUAGUGUUCGGCAUCAUGAUAUCGUACGCCACCAUCACUUCUGUUUUGUACAUCUUCACCGCCAGUGAUAUAAAAUACAGGUGCGAGAUACCGGGUUGCGACGCGCUGGAGCCAGCGGCACGAACGUACGAGCCGGAAUGGUUGCGAUUCACGACGCCCUACAGGGACGACACGGGACGGCCACAGAAAUGUCAGCGAUACGCCAUGGUCGGGCCCAAGGACACUUCGGUGAACGGUAGUCGCGAGCCGCUAUGUGUGCCGAGCGCGUUCGACCGGAACGUGACGGAAACAUGUCUGGACGGUUGGGUGUUCGAAAGCCCAGAGAAUACCAUCGGCACCGAGUUCGGCCUCAUGUGUGAGGAAAACAAAUGGAUGCUAACCAUGGUGGGAUCUGUCCACAACUUUGGUAAGUUCAUCGGCAUACCGGUGUGGGGAAUCGUCUCGGACAAGUUCGGUCGAAAGUUCACUAUGGUCUUCGGUACAGUCAUGGCGGCGUUGACGUACAUUGUUCAAUCGUUUUCCACCUGUUAUCCGAUGUUUUUGAUCCUAGAGUUGGUGUGUUCGAUUUUUUUUAGCGGAGUGUUUGCUGCCACUUUCAUACUAGGCAUGGAAUCGGUUUUGCCCGGUAAACGGGUGCUCUUCUACAUGGUUCUGGGAUGUUUCGGCCCCGUCGGUGGCAUGUCGGUGCCCCUGAUCGCGAGCCAAGUGAAGGAUUGGCGAUUGUUGUUGCGAUUGUUCAACGUGCCCGCGUUGCUGUUCCUGUCGUACUAUUGGCUGACCGACGAGUCGAUGAGAUGGUUGGAAAUGCGAGGCCGACACGACGAAGUGAUCGGCGUGCUGGAAAAAAUAGCCACGAUGAACAAAAAGCCGUUAGCUGAUCUUCCCCGAGCACCGCCGCUCAAGUCCAAAAACAGCGACGCGGUCGAAGCGAACGCGAAACCUGUUUCCACUAAUACGAGUAUCCUGAAAGAAGUAAUACGCUCACCGACAAUAUUCUGGAGGAUGAUUAGGUGUUCGUUCACGUGGAUAGCAUCAACGCUGGUGUACUACGGACUGAAUAUCAGUUCUGCGGAUAUUGCCGGCAACAAGUAUCUGAACUUCUCGCUGGUCGUCAUGGUUGAAAUCCCAGCCGCCCUGUUGGGUUGGGUGAUCAUGGAAAGGAUGUCCAGGAAAAUGUCCUUAUCCUGCAUGUUCAUGGUCAGUGCCAUCUCUUGUAUCGUGUACAACCUUACGCCGGACCAUCUAGGGCUCACUGUGAAGAUGUUCCUGUUCAUGAUCAGUAAACUCUCCAUAUCCAUCGCGUUUUCAAUCGUCUACAUUCAAACCGUGGAGAUAUUCCCAACCACGAUGAGGGUUACAAUGCUUUCCCUGUGCUCCAUGAUCGGUCGGCUCGGAUCCAUGUUGGCUCCGCAAAUCACUCUACUGUCCGAGUACUUUGGUGAGUACACGGUCAUGCUGUUGAUGGGCACCACCGCGUUCACGGCUGCCGUCAUCACAUUGACGUUACCGGAGAGCAAAAACGUCAAGUUGCCCGACACUAUCGACGACGCUGAACGGAUCGACAAUUGCCUGCCGCUGACAGAACUGAAUCCAAACUGAAGACGGCGGAAUUUUCUACGAUUUUAGCUCUACGUUUAAGAUCGAUUUAUAUAUUCGUAUUAAAACGACUAUGUAUUGUCGAACAAAAUAUUAUUAAGUACGUCUUAUAUUAAAAAUGCGUUUGUAUAGUAAAAAUUAAA